AUGUGUCCCGAAGAUUCAGCAGCCGCCAGAGGCUUCCACCCUCCCAGCUCCAGAGGGGAGGUGUUUGUUCCUCAGAGCCGUGGGAGCUGGAGGAAAACAUAUUCCCUGAGAAAUAAACCCCUCCCAUCCUCUGCUGGCCAUCUGUCAGCUUCUACCCCUAAAAGUGGAGAGAACAGUGCGUCCGUGCCCAAUCUUAGCAGAAUAGAUGAGACUGCUCUGACCCAAACUGCUUCUAUUCUGUCAGGAGGUCCUGCCCAGCAGAAGAAAGAAGGACAUAUAAACAAGAGGACAGGGUUAGAGGGAGCAGGCAGGAAGAAGUUAAACUCAGAUCCACAACCAGCUGUUCUGCAGCACAAAGAUGAAAAACAAGGUGUAACAGACACAAUUUUGCAAGUCCAGCAGAGGCCUGAAGGCAGUCAGAAGGAAAGUAUGUCAGCCAUUUCGCCAAUCAAACCCCCCCUAACUACCAAGACCAAUGAUAAAACCAGUCAAGUUAUGACUACACAAAGCUCAACCACUCUUACAGCUGGUACCUUCACACCAGCUCCCCCGGCUCCACCAACAAAACACCCCUCUUGCGAAGCAUCCACCCAAAACUCCCAAGUGAAUGCGUCUUUUCUGACUAAAUCUAAGUUCACAUGGGUAAAGAGCCAGAACACGAAAAAGGGGGAGCCAAAACAAGUUGCUCCUGCCAAAGCUGAAGUCCCCGCUUCCAGCCCAUCUUCAUCCACUUUCAGUAAGAAGACGCCUCCAAAGAAGAUGGCUCGCAAACUCAGCCCAGUGGGUACAGCCCCCAAAACCUCAAAGUACAAAUGGGUCUCUGCUGCUGGAGCCCAGGCCCGGACGCCUCGUAAGCCAGCAUCUCCCAAAAACUCAACCCCUCCCCUGAGAAGCCUGGAGAAGGGGGAUGCCGCCAAGAAGCUUAAAUCAGCCUCUGCACCCUCUUUGAGAAUAAAAAAGGGAAUUGGGAGUUCUUCCUCCGGUUCCUCGCUUGGUAGCCGUUACCGUUGGAAGGCUGGGGGGCAGAAUAACCCCGGAGGGGGGGCCGGGGCUGCCGCUGCCACCGGUCGAAGGUCUGCCUUCCAUUGGACGGCGGAGAAAAGCAGCAGAGGAAUGAAGGCGGGGCUCGUUCCGCCAUAUUUACCUCAGCGUACACAUCCCCCCUUCUCCUCCCCUGGGGGGUUCAAGCUCCGCAGCAGGAUGAAGAUCGUUCGAAGGGUCGUCAGAGAAGGGGAGCAGCCCCUCUGCCAUGAAGUUCCCCCCACGGGCCCGAAUCCACACCCCAACCAGGAGCCCCUUUGCAGCAAGGAGGACGCCCCCCAGGGAGCUUGUGUCUUUUGGAAGACACAAAUUAAGGCGACUCUCCCCCACGAUGUCAAGAACAAGUAA